AUGCCAUUGAAACACAUUGUACUGACCGGAGCGCCUGUGGCCAGCUCUCUAUGCUGGGAUGAAUCGGAGCUCCAGGACAGCAACUCAGGCAGACAUGAAGCAGCGGAUGAAGUACGAUGGAGGAGUCUGGAGAAUGUCAGGGGCAUUACGACAUUUACUCCACCUAUAGACGAGGGCGGAUGCUUCUUUACAGCGGGAGCAAUCGAGAGAUACAGCGGAGAUCCAGUCAGCGAGCUGGAGACCCUGUCAGCGUUUUACGAGCAGUCCUUUGCAUUCCAUGAAGGCAUCUCAUCUGCCUCCUUUAAUGAUAUUACGAGGUCGUUCGGUGAUGACGACUCCACCGGCCUGGAGGAGAGCGAAGGGAACAACAUAACCCUGCUGCCAACGGCGGAUGGGGAUAGCCAUAAGAAUAAUAAUACUAAGGAGGCGGUUCGAUUGUCCGUAUCCGGCAACUUCAGCGACCUUGAAGGCAUCCCCGAUGCAGCAUACAUCCACGGUCUGGCUCCCCGGAUAGUCACUGUCAAUAUGAUAGUGGCGGUUAUCACGGUCGAGCAGCGUCGACGAGUACGGACUCGCUGGGGUAAUGCCAUGGACCUGAUCGAGCUGCUGGUCGGAGACGAGACGAAAUCCGGUUUUCGUAUUAGCUGCUGGAUUUCACCACGAGACGAAGAUCAGGGCGGGAACAAGAACCCGCUUGAACAGGCUCUUGAGGGUCUUCGCCCAUGUGACAUUAUCCUCCUCCGGUCUGUAGCACUGGGAACCUUCCAGGACCAAGUCUACGGUCAAAGCUUGCGGAACAACACGACGAGACUUGAUCUGCUGCACCGGAGACCUGUUGAUGCCACAGACUCAGAGGGACUCUAUCCAGGCCGGCUGCUCAGGGACUCUACAGACGACCCGCAGACGGCGAAGGUAGCCAGAGUCAGGUCGUGGACGCUCGACUUUAUCGGACCGGUCCGUCAGGUCAAGCGUGCAACUGUUCUUCCCCCAGACAGUCAAUAA